CCAAUAGUGAAGGACAUUUAUUUUGAAAUCAUUCGCCGGCUCGGCCCGGAAGUGACCUCUGCGUUUUCUCGAGAUCUCGAGACUGUUAGAUAUUGUUCAUGUGCGACCGUGACUUCUUAAAUUACAUUUCACUUAUACAUACAUUAUAACACUAAUGCCUGUGUGCCCCCGCUCACACGCCCCGGCCCGGGUUAACAUGGUGGACCCGGAUGAAAUCGCCAAGUUGUGCUACGAGCGUUUCCAACAGCUGCCCCGGAGAGGGAAGCCUGAGCCGGGCAGAGAGUGGACCCUGCUGGCCGCGGUGCUCAGAAUCACCCGGAGGGCUAACUCUGACACAGUUGAGAAGGAGGUUGUUUCCCUGGGAACGGGGACCAAAUGUAUCGGACAGACAGCCAUGAGUCCCUCUGGUGAAAUACUUAAUGACAGCCAUGCAGAAGUCAUUGCAAGAAGGGGGUGUGUCAGGUACCUGAUCCAGGAGCUGCACAGGGCCGUGAGUGGGGGGGGCAGCGCUGUGUUCUGUCAGGCGGAGGAGCAGGGGAAGUGGAGGCUUCAUCCUGGAGUGUCCUUCCUCUUCUUCACCAGUCACACUCCCUGGGGGCAGAGCUGCUCACCUACUGGGACUACAAGCAGGCGGCUCAGAGUUACCAGCAGGCCUGGCAGCAGCUCCUCAGCCAGGCCUUCCCUCUGUGGCCUCGCACUGACAGGGGCCUCCUGCUGUUCCACUGAAGGCCUUCUCCUGAGACACUCUAAUUGCCUAUUGGACUCUUCUCUGAUGUCACUGCAUGCAGCAGCAGGACGCUCUGCUGUCUCACUGCUCAGAGAGGGGGGGGGGGGGGGGGACCCGGCUCCGUGUCCUCGGAUGAAGCUUCAGUCUUCACAGUGUGAGACAGUGUGACUGCAGCUGGCUGGCUCUCAUGUUCUCAAAAACACAGCUGGACGUACCUGUCCUCAAGUGGAAAAUGUUCCGGGUUCAACUUCCUUUUUUUACGUUCUUAUUUGUCUGAACUGAAGGGCCAGCCAUAGAUUUACACAUCAGAUCAGUUUUCAUGUCUUACUUGUAAUAACAGUUCUAUUUCGUCCCUACUUUAGCACUGGAUAUGCUAUUAUUUGUCCAUCUCCCAGGAGUUGCCCUUGUUGUGCCAAGCUAUCAUUAGCAUUUUGAGUUUCUGGCUUUAGCUGCGUUUUCUUGUUUAGCUAGUUAGCAGUAGCGUGGCUCAGCCUAACUGUGCCCUGCCUGUGCAGCCACUUGGCUGACGCUGGGAUAACCACCGGAGUUACCCAUGCUGUUUUUUCUUUAGAAGACAGUUUUCUGGUCUUAGCUUUGUGUUUUCGUUAUUAACUCAACCAGUGAAGGCAGUGUUCUCGCCCCCGCUCCUGGUGGACGUGUUGCUUGAUUAUAGCAGCAGUUGCCCGGCUAAGCUGUCCUGUUAAACUUCUUUAUUUAAUCCAGCUAGGUGAAGGGAGUGCUCUCGCUCCCGCUCCCUCUGCCGGUAACGUGGGUGUAGUUACAUCCCUCUCUGUGUUCGGCGAGUAGGAGCAUUGCUCUACUCUUUCCGUUCAGCAGGUAGCUGGGGAAGGCUGUGUUCUCGCACCCACUCCCAGCUACGCUGCAUCUGGCAGACACCCUUCGUGUUGUCGCACAGGGGGAGUGGUUCGCAACCGUGGAUUUGAGGGACGCCUAUUUCCACGUCCCAAUUGCAUCCCACCACCGGAAGUUCUUGAGGUUUGCCUUUCAGGGCCGACACUAUCAGUUCCGGGUGCUUCACUUUGGUCUCUCCUUAUCUCCAAGGGUGUUCACCAGGGUUGUGGCGGCAGCUCUCCCACCCCGCAGGCGCAGGGCGUGAAGGUCCUGCCGUAUCUAGACGACUGGCUUGUCUGCGUCGUGCGGACGACAUUUCCCACCUUCUUCCAAUCUUCAGGCUGGGCAAGAGGGUGCCUUACAUUCAGUUCCUCCGGCUCUUGGGCAGACUGACGGCUGCCUCAAAAAAUGCAUUUAUCAUCAUAAUUAUUCUAUAUAUAGCCUAUAAUUUACACAGUGCCUGUAAACCGGAGGAGAACGCUGGCAUUUCUCCUACUUGAAAGACUACGGAGGGAUAGGGUCUGCAAAAUUUGUUUAUUUUGGGAAUGGGCCGGAUGCUCUGACCGGUCCACUUCCUGCCCGGCGCCUCUGCAACGCCUCGCGUCGCAAAAUAGACUUGAAUCCUAUUUUGAGCGGAGCCCAGCGCCGAGACGCUUCUAGGACACUUCUGAGCCAUAGCGCGGCGCGUCUGGUGGAAUAGCACCCAUUGACUAGAGUGGCCGCGAUCUCUGCGAACGCCGCGGCGCAGCCGUAACGCGACGCAGACGGACCCGGUGGAAUCUAGGGGUUAGGCCUGCUGUCGCUGCGCCCCAUGCAGAUGUGGCUGAACAGCCUUCAUUUGGACGCCAAGUGGCACAGGCACAGGGAAGUCAGGGUGUCUCAGCGGUGCCUCCACUCUCUGUCCCGCUGGGGGGACAGGGCCUAUCUUCUGAUGGGCGUGCCCGUGGGCGCCAUCCCAUCCCGCCGGGAGACUGUCACUGUGGAUGCAUGUCUCUCAGGGUGGGGUGCGGUGUGGCAGGGCAGGACUGCUCAGGGUCAGUGGUCUGCCCAGGAAGGUGUACGCCAUAUCAACGUGCUAGAGCUUCGGGCUGUGCAGCUUGCACUCAUGCACUUUUUACCUCAACUGGCGGGCAAGCAUGUGCUCGUUCGUUUGAACAGCAUGUCCGCUGUGGCCCAAAUCAACCACCAGGGGGGCACCAGGUCCACACAGCUGCUCCGGGUUUCACAGAGCCUCUUGUCUUGGGCGUUCCCCCGCCUGGCCAGUCUGCGGGCAGUCUUUCUACCAGGAGACCAGAAUCAGGUCGCAGAUUUCCUCUCUUGGCACAAGCCUCCACCAGGGGAGUGGAGGCUUCAUCCAGAGGUGGUGGAGACAAUUUGGAGCCUUUUCGGCAGGGCCGAGGUGGACCUCUUUGCCUCGGAAGAGUCGAGGCACUGCCCCCUCUGGUUUUCCUGGGCAGAGGUGACCAGCCCGAUGGGCCAGGACGCUCUGGCGCACGACUGGCCUGACAGUCUCCUGUAUGCCUUCCCGCCACUGCCUCUGAUACUACAGACGCUUCAGAGGGUCCUUACUCAGGGGCACAGGCUCCUUCUGGUCACCUCCCGCUGGCCGGGGAUAGUUUGGUUCCCACUGCUGCGCAGUCUCUGCUGCAGCCCACCAAUGGCGUCUCCCCGACAGGAAGGACCUUUUCUGUCACAGCUCAGGGGUCAGAUCUGGAAUCCCGACCCUCACCGCCUUCAGCUUUGGGCUUGGCCUCUGCGGGGCCCAACCUGCUGUUGAGCGUUUUCACGGUAUCUGUCAGGGAAACUAUCCUGAAUGCCAGAGCACCAUCCACUCGAGCACAGUACGAGUGCAAAUGGAAGUUCUUCUCCCACUGGUGUUCGGGUAAGGCCGAGAAUCCGGAGCAUUGCUCUGUGGCCACCAUUCUAGAGUUCCUGCAGUCCCUUCUGGACAGUGGACGUUCUCACUCCACUUUGAAGAAUUCUGAGUGACAGGACACUCUGGCGGUCAUCCGGGACUCAUAGAACCGUAGUUACAGACGUAACUAUCGUUUUUACUGUAUUAUGUCUUUUGAGGCUCAAGGGAGAAGCUUUCCAAAUCCUAACGCCUCACAAGCAGCUCUGUGAUGAAGUUCAGCUGUCAUACAGUUUUAAAAAUAACUCACUGAAAUCAUGAGCUAGCAGUCAGAUCACCUGUAAUAUAUAGAGAAUAACAAAAGUUUGCAUGUAUAUCACUACCUAACGUAAGACACUAAUAUUUUUAUAUUAGAAAUCCCUCUAUUUACAUCCUAAAAUAUAUAUAUUUUAUAUAUUUUCGAUGACUCAUCUUGAAGUGAGUAUUCAAACAAGUAACUUGUUUUCUGGUGUGUUCCUUUGAUUUCAGCUUUUGUCACGUCUGACAAAUCUACACAUCUGCUCUGAAGGAAGGUGUUGUAUCUUGUGCGGAUUGUGAAGCAGAUUUGUGAAAUUGGCCUACACAAAUAAACUUCACUGGACUUGUUUUGUGUUUUGUCUUCACAGUUAAAGGGACAAGCUUGUAAAACAUUGUUCUAUAACACUGCACAGGAUAUCACAUUGUUCAUGAAAUAAAAUAUAUAUUCAUUUUUCAAACACA